AUGAACGGCACCUCAUCCCGUAACGAUACCUUGAUCCGAUUGACGGCCGCCCGUCUGAAAAAGAUAUCAACGACCGAAGUUUCACCGCAGCUCAAAGAAAAGACCACGUUAGCAAUCCUAGAUUACCUUGGAGCCGUUGCUUCCGGUCUCAAAGCCCCAUGGGCAUCUCAAGCAAUCAAGUAUGGUCGAAGCCAGCAAGGAGUGCGUGAAGCACACGCUUGGGGAUUGCAGGAAGAUGCUUCGGCCAAGACUGCUGCGUAUGUCAACGCACUAUUGGCACAUAGCGCGAUCCGAGACGACAUGCAUCUGAAGUCGAACAGCCAUAUCGGAGGCAUAGUCAUCUCAGCAGCUCUGGCACUGGCGCAACGAGACAACUGGAGCGGCGAUCAACUGCUGCGAGCUGUCAUUGGAGGUUACGAAGCUGCGUCCUUCAUCGGAACCGCCGUUCAGCAGAGCGCAGGCUACAACCGGCAUUUCCGACCAAGCGGCAUCUGCGGUGGAUUUGGUGCGGCAGCUGCAGCAAUCACGGCAUCGAAUGCCUCGGAAGACGUCGCGAUCAACGCUCUCGCGUUUGCUGCAAACAUGGGGAGCGGCGUCAACGAGUGGGCGUGGGCCGGUGGUGUGGAGAUCUACACCGAGAUGGGAUCGGCUUCGCAGGCUGGUAUUGAUGCGUUUGAGCUUGCGAAGGCUGGGCUUGAAUGCAGUGAGACGCUUUUGGAGGGCAGGGCUGGACUGUUCGCUGCGCUUGGGGCUUCGGAGGGCACGCAGCUGUACCAGGAGCGGCUGCAGACGGAGAUCGGCUCAGGACUGAUAGACGUCCGGUUCAAGCCAGUGGCUGGAUGCAACUAUGCGCAGACACCCAUCGCGGUGGCCAUCUGGCUGUCUCAAAAACAUGACCUGUCGAAGGGGAUCAAGAGCGUCCAUGUCGACUGCACAAGUGGCGCGAAGCAGUAUCCUGGGUGUGACAAUCCUGGUCCUUUCUCCAAUGUCCAGCAGACCAAGAUGGCUAUUCACUUUGGAGUCAGCACUGGGCUACUCCACGGCAAGGUCUCUGAGGAGCUCUUCAAGCAGUACGAUUCUCAAGACAUCGCCAAUGUGGUAUCAUGCUGUACGGUCGAGGCCGCGCAAGACUUUGAGCAGAGCUUCAAAGAGGGACGUCAGCCGGCAAGAGUCAGUGUUACGCUCAAGGACGGCAGCGUCGUGAAGGAAGAGCUUCCAGAUGUGCCGUGGUUGGAUGGAGAAGCUGUCCGCGCUCGGUAUGGCGAGAAGACUGCGGAGAUGUUGGGCUCUGACAGGUCAAGAAGACUUGCUGAUCUGUUAGGAGGUCUUGGGGAUCUCAAGGACUGCUCGGAUAUCUUCAAGUUCUUCAAAGGUUGA